AUGUUUAAAAGAUUUAACCGGGUCAAGGAACCGCCAUACCAAAACGGCAAUGACGAACUACCUCGGGAGUCUGUUUCCACCAACGAUCAUGAGAAACUAGCCGGGGAUGUCGUUGACACGAGAAUCCCUCUUUUCACCUGGCGCUCUCUCGUCAUGGGACUCUUUGUCUCAAUGGGCGGCUUCCUUUUCGGCUACGAUACCGGUCAGAUCUCCGGCUUCCUGGAGAUGAACAACUUUCUGUUACGCUAUGGCGAGCCAGGUCCGGGUACUACUCCGGGUACUACCCACCAUUUUACCAAUGUACGAGCUGGUCUAAUCGUUGCACUGCUAUCUAUUGGUACCUUGAUUGGCGCCCUACUUGGUGCACCCAUUGCGGACCGUAUCGGACGCAAAUGGUCCAUCAGUGCCUGGUGUUUGAUGGUUUGCAUUGGUGUCACGAUCCAAAUCUCGUCGCCUUUCGGAAAGUGGUAUCAGAUUGCCGUGGGCCGUUUGAUCGCCGGUCUUGGUGUUGGGGCAGUAUCCUUGCUAGUCCCGAUGUAUCAAGCAGAGGCUGGACCGAGACACAUUCGAGGAACUUUGAUCAGCACCUACCAGCUCUUCAUCACGCUAGGGAUUUUCGUUGCCAACUGUAUCAACUUUGGAACUGAAAAACGGACAAAUCCCUCGUCGUGGCGGAUUCCAAUGGGAAUCACCUACGUCUGGGCCGUCACUCUUGGUGUCGGCAUGGCUUUGUUCCCCGAAAGCCCUCGAUACGAUUACCGCCACGGAAAGGUCGACAAAGCUAUAGAUACACUGUCCAAGAUCUACGGUAUCCCUCCGAAUCAUCGUAUGCUCAGGCUUGAGUUUGAGGAGAUUAAGGAGAAGUAUGAAGUGGAAGUUCGUAAUGGUCAGGUUACGUGGGUCCAGCUCUUCCGUGCUCCCCGCAUGGCAUACCGCGUAGGCGUUGGUGUUGCUCUGCAGGCUCUGCAGCAACUUACAGGCGCCAAUUACUUCUUCUACUAUGGAACCACGGUCUUUCAAGGCGCCGGCAUCCACAAUAGCUACGUAACCCAGAUGAUUCUCGGCGGGGUGAACUUCGGCACGACCUUCCUCGGUCUAUAUCUGAUUGAAAACUACGGUCGACGCCGAUCCCUGAUUACCGGAGCGCUAUGGAUGUUCGUUUGCUUCAUGGUCUUCGCUUCGGUAGGCCACUUCUCGCUCGACCGCCAGCACCCAGAAAACACCAAGUCCGCCGGCAUUGCCAUGGUGGUAUUCGCAUGUCUGUUUAUUCUCGGGUUUGCCAGUACCUGGGGUCCGAUGGUAUGGACAAUCAUUGCGGAGCUGUACCCAUCGCAGUACCGUGCUCGCGCGAUGUCUCUCGCCACGGCAUCGAACUGGCUCUGGAACUUUCUGCUCGCCUUUUUCACCCCGUUCAUUGUCAGUGCCAUUGAUUUCCGGUUUGGUUACGUCUUCGCUGGAUGCCUCUUCCUCGCGGCGGGAUUGGUCUACUUCGCUGUCAUCGAAGGCCAGGGUCGGACACUUGAGGAGAUUGAUACUAUGUAUCUCAUGAAAGUGAAGCCGUGGAAGAGCUCCAAGUUUGUGUUCCCGGCUGAUCCGGGCGUGAUCCGUGGUUCGUUCGAUAAGGGAAAUGAGGCGCAAGCUCCGACGUCCGCACAUGUUUUGGACCCAGCGAAUGAGGUGCCAGAUACUGUGCCUGAGGCUACUGGAACGCGUGCCGAGGAGUAA